CCGGUUGGCUCGUGCGGCAGAGGAACAGAGUGGGCGUUGAAUCCGUCGUCUUCUCGCAGUUCAUACAUGACUCUACGUUUAACUCUAUAGUUUUUGAUUUUUUACUGUCAUAAGUGGACCUACGACGAUGACGGAGGGCUCUGCGAACAAGCCGUUUACAGGGGACGCUUGUCACCGGAGCUCGAAUGGCAAGAAUGCGACCAAAAAUGGCUUCGUCAAGAGCCACUGCCUGCUUGAACAGCCGCAGAAGUAUCGCCGCACCAAGGAGAAGAACCCAAAUGUUACACACAACUCCAACCUGUACAAAAGGCCCUUCGUGGAGUCAUUUGAGGAGACACCCCUCCUGGUGGCUGUGCUCACCUACAUGGGCUACGGUAUCCUCACAAUUUUUGGCUACCUCCGAGACUUUCUCCGUCACUGGAACAUCGAGAAAUGCCAUGUGGCCCGGGACAGAGAGCAGCAGAAGGAUUUUGUCCCACUCUAUCAGGACUUUGAGAACUUUUACACCCGGAAUUUAUACAUGAGGAUCCGUGAUAACUGGAACCGACCUGUCUGUGGUGUCCCUGGAGCCAAGAUGGACCUGGCGGAGAGAGUUUCCUAUGAUUACAAUUGGACAUUUAAACACACAGGCAAGGUGGUGAAAGAUGUCAUCAACAUGGGCUCGUACAACUACCUUGGCUUUGCUGAAAACGUCGGGGCGUGUGCCGAUGCCGCUGUGGAUGUCACGAAGAAGUACGGAUCUGGUGUGGGCAGUACUCGCUGUGAGAUAGGGAACCUGGACAUCCACGAGGAGCUGGAACAAUUGAUUGCGAGGUUUCUUGGUGUGGAGUCUUCCAUGGCUUUUGGAAUGGGGUUUGCAACCAACUCCAUGAACAUCCCUGCUCUCACCGGGAAGGGGUGUCUUAUCCUGAGUGAUGAGCUGAAUCACGCAUCUCUGGUUCUGGGUGCUCGUCUGUCUGGCUCCACAAUUCGUGUCUUCAAACACAACAACAUGCAAAGUCUGGAGAAGCUUCUGAGAGAUGCCAUCGUUCACGGUCAGCCCAGAACCCACAGACCCUGGAAGAAAAUCCUCAUUGUGGUCGAAGGAAUAUACAGUAUGGAGGGCUCCAUCGUGCGUCUUCCUGAGGUCAUUGCUUUGAAGAAACGCUACAAGGCCUACCUGUACCUGGACGAGGCUCACAGCAUCGGAGCCUUAGGGCCACAUGGGGGAGGUGUCGUCGACUACUUUGGCCUGGACCCUAAUGAUGUGGACAUCAUGAUGGGGACAUUUACAAAGAGCUUUGGUGCUGCUGGAGGGUACAUCGGAGGUAAAAAGGAGCUGAUAGACUACCUGCGGUCGCAUUCUCACAGUGCCCUCUACGCUACCUCCAUGUCUCCUCCUGUGGCACAGCAGAUCAUCACUUCAAUGAAGAUCAUCAUGGGAGAGGAUGGCUCCACACUAGGUGCCGAUCGCCUUAGACAGCUUUCACAGAACACCACAUACUUCCGUAAGAAACUCUGGGACAUGGGCUUCAUCAUCUAUGGCAACGAUGACUCACCUGUUGUACCACUGAUGCUCUACAUGCCUGCAAAAAUAGGUGCUUUCGGCCGGGAGAUGCUGAAGAGAAACAUCGGCACGGUGGUGGUGGGCUUCCCAGCGACGCCCAUCAUCGAGUCACGAGCUCGGUUCUGUGUUUCAGCUGCUCACACCAGAGAGAUGCUUGAUAUAGCGUUGGAAGCCAUCAGUGAAGUAGGCGACGUGCUGCAGCUCAAGUACUCCAGACGUGAAAGGCCGCUUCCUGCUCUGGGUUGGAUGUCUGAGGAGAGCCUUCUACAGGACUGAACCAUGUCAGCCCUCGUACUUUACUUAUUCUUGUCUCUUUGUUUUUUUUGUUUUUUUUGUUUUUUGUUUUUUUGUUGUUGCUUGAAUCGGUUUUCUCCCCGCUGUGUUAUUUCACAUGGACAGAACCAAAGUCUUCUACAACUGGGUGAACGCUGGCAGCACCAAUGUGCUUCUCCAGCUCCUUCACCCCUGACAGACAAGGACCAAACCCCUGUACUCCCCCCCCACAUCUGUGUCCAUUGUUACAAACAUUGUCCUUACAUACUGUGAUGGUAUGGCUCUAACGUUAAGUCUUAUUUCUGUGCGCACAUUGUAUGUGUAUCCUAUCGUGCAAUAAUCACAACGACGCAGUGUAUUUUUUAAAAACAACAGAGAGCCAAGUCGGUUGACUGUGGCCAAAGAGAUUCUAUUUAUGCAUUGAAAAAAAAAAACAAUAAAUAUGACAAUAGCCAUGUCUGUGAUGCACACAAAAAGGAGAAUUAAAUAUACCUGUAAAUAUAAUUUAUCCCAAAGUGGUUAAAAAUGCCUUUGGGUGGAGAUCCCAGACUUUAAAGAAAGAUGAAGAUUAUUCCAGAGGAGCAACAUAAGUGUGUGUUCUCCUAACGUAUUGAUCCCACAGCUUUUGCCUAAUCACUUCUACUUGAAAAGAAAGUAUAGCAUAUCGGGUCUUUCCCUCACCAAAGGAUAUUUAUGUAUAAAUAUAUUUUGUACCUUUUUCUCUUAACAUGCGAGGCCGAUGUUCCAAAAGAAGAAGAAGAAAAAAAGAAAAAAGAAUCCCCCCUCCAUUCCGAAGGGCAGGAUUAAGGAAUAUUUUUACGACUUAUUUUCUAGAAAUCGUUUAGCCUUAUUUAACUGUUUACACCUGCAUUCAAAAACUUGAGCCCAGAGUCUUUAACAUUUCUAUAAGCUACAAGCUAAGUGUGCGUGUUAGUGUUUUGAUUUUUUCCCCCCUCCCUCUGUUCAAUCAUUGUCACAGAAGUGCUUUCACGUGUUACAGCGUCAACACCCACCAUUGAGCAUGAUGACACGCUGUAAAUAUGAUCUGUAUGUAUGAAGACGCCGUGUCCACAUUUAACUGAUGUACAGAGAGCUUUUUAUUUAUUCGCCUUCGUCAAUGACAUGAAACCGUUUUCCCGAAAGGGCAGCUUCCGAUGCGAACCCGGGGCGAGGUGUGCGUUUUGUCUUAACUAUGCUAACUUCAGUGCAGCACUACUGACAGGCAUUGCAAAUGCACAGAUGACGUAGCCACUGAAUAUCGUCGGGGUUUGAUUCACGUGUCGUUUCCUCAUGACUUAUUGUCCACACUAUGUGUUUUUUUUAAUGACAUUCCCUACAUGACUUGUUGUGUGUUUUGUUUGUCUGUUAUGUGCGGUCAACUCCUCAAAAUGGGCCCACACACUACUGUCAAAGUCCCAAUUGAUGUGUUUGUGCUCUUAUAUGAAUCAGAGAAGACGUCAGUGUAGCCGGCCUCAGAGCUGGAUCUGACUGUUCCUGUGUGAGUUCAUUUUCAGCAUCAGAUCACUGAGGUUUUCACCGUGGCUGACUUUACAUCGUUUAGUCACAUUUUCUUGUGUUGAUUCAUUCCAAUGUUUUUUUUUUCCCCACCUCAAAAAGUGUCUUCACAACAACUGGCUGAUACAUUUGCUCAAAGUAAAUGUGAUAUGAAUGGUUGUGGUCCGAAAACACAACCCACAGCGAUGUCUUCUGAUGAGAAAAAAUGGUUCUCGUCUGAAGUCUCCUUUAGCCGUCCAGUAUGUGAAAAAAGCCUCCCUUCUUUGUGUCGAUAGAGGCAAAAAAAAAAAAAAAGUAAUUGCAAACAGCAACAUGACUGUUUCAUUCAGCCAGGUUCCCCCACUGAAACUGAGGAAUUCAGUGCAGAGAAGAAUUUUCCAGACUGCCUACCACCACACCUGCAAACUGACCUGCAGUCACUACUGGAAACAGUCAGUUAUCAGUUGCUUUUGUCCCUGAAGUUGUAUCUGAGUCGAAGAUAAACCACUUACAGGAGUUUGUAAAGCCAUGAUGUUUGUUCACUGUGCUAGUGGACGCCACUGCAAAGAUUAAAUCACUUUCAUAUCAA